AAAAAAUCAAGCCAAGUCAAACGUGUAAGAUUCUAUCACGCUUCCACAGUACUGUCUGUUUAAUUAUUGAAAGAAACAGAGGAAGGAAAUCAAACAUGGAAGAAACAACAAUUUUUUACUCAUCUCUUUCUCUUGUAGUCCUCUUUCUUGCUUUCAAGUUCUUUUUUCAAUCAAAACCUCGCCACAAAAACUUGCCACCAAGUACACUUUCUCUUCCAAUCCUUGGCCACCUUCACUUGCUAAAGCCACCUCUUCACCGUCUCUUCCUCAAGCUUUCACAAAACCUCGGUCCAGUCUUCUCCCUUCAGUUGGGGUCACGCCUUGCAGUUGUCGUAUCAUCACCGUUAGUAGUCGAGGAAUGCUUCACCAAAAAUGACAUCGUGUUGGCGAGCCGUCCGAAUUUGCUCUUCAGCAAACACCUAGGCUAUAAUCACACCAGUGUUAUAAGUGCGCCGUACGGGGAUCAUUGGCGUAACCUCCGUCGUAUUAGUACCAUUGAGAUCUUCUCAUCAAAUCGCCUCAACAAGUUUCAUGGUAUCAGAAAAGAUGAAGUGAGAAGAUUAUUGUUGAAACUAUCCCGUAAUUCCCAUGAAGCUUUUGCCAAGGUAGAGCUUAAAUCAAUGUUUGCAGACUUGACAUUUAAUAAUCUGAUGAGAAUGAUGGCCGGAAAGAGAUAUUAUGGUGAAGAUGUGACUGAUGACAGUGAGGCAAAGGAGUUUAGGGACCUUGUAGCAGAGGCAGUUGAAAAUGGAGGAGCAGGGAAUGUAGGAGAUUAUCUGCCAAUACUGAAUUGCGCUAGUAAUUAUGAGAAGAACUUGAGGGAGCUUGCAAAGAGGAUGGAUGGGUUCUUGCAAGGGUUAGUUGAUGAGCGUCGAAAUGCAAAUGGAGGGAAUACAAUGAUUGAUCAUCUUCUUUCUUUACAAGAAUUAGAGCCUGAGUACUACAAUGAUCAGAUUAUCAAAGGACUUCUAUUUGUUAUGAUUCUUGCUGGAACUGACACAUCUGCAGUCACCUUAGAAUGGGCAAUGUCAAACUUACUCAAUCACCCAAAUGUGUUGAAGAAAGCCAGGGAGGAAAUAGAUGCUCAAGUUGGUCAAGAAAGGUUAAUUGAUGAACCAGAUAUUGCUAAGCUACCUUACCUUCAAGGCAUAAUGUCUGAGACCCUUCGACUAUACCCGGCAGCCCCACUUCUAGUGCCUCAUAGAACAUCCGAUGACUGUACCAUAGGUGGAUACAAUGUGCCGCGCGACACCAUAGUGUUAAUCAAUGCAUGGGCUAUACAUCGAGACCCUGAAUUGUGGGAUGAUCCAACAAGUUUCAAGCCGGAAAGGUUUGACAAUGAAGUUAAAGAUCAUGGCCACAAAUUCAUGCCUUUUGGUAUGGGAAGGAGGGCUUGUCCUGGGACGGUCCUGGCUUACCGCAUGGUUAACUUAGCUUUGGGGUCAUUGAUCCAAUGCUUCGAAUGGGAAAGAGUAGGUGAAGAAAAAGUUGAUAUGACUGAAGGUAAAGGAAUCACCAUGCCUAAAGUUGAGCCAUUAGAGGCGAAGUGCAAGGCACGCCCCAUCCUCAACAAGGUUCUUGCUACAGCAGCUUAAAAGAGUUAUAUUUAUUGCAAAAUUGUUUGUAUUUCACAAUAUCUAUCUUUUUUCUUAACAGUGAACUAGUAAAAAUAUAAAUCUCUUUGUCAUCGCUCAUAAUGUUACAAUCCAGU